AUGGAUGAUGUGAAGGUCAAAAUUCCCAAUUUCCUAGGUACUUAUGAUCUAAAGGCUUACCUUGAUUGGGAGAUGAAAGUGGACCAAAUUUUCAUUUGCAACAAUUUUAGUGAAGAAAAGAAAAUGUGGUUGGCUAGCUUAGAAUUUGAAGGAUAUGCCUUGGUGUGGUGGAAUCAAAUCCUAGUGGAUAAAGAAAGAUUGAGAAGACAUAGAGUGGACACUUGGAUGGUAAUGAAGAGAAUCAUGAGGGAGAGAUUUGUCCCACCUCACUAUGUAAGAGAAAUGCAUAAUAAAUUACAAAGGCUCUAUCAAGAAUGUAAAAGUGUUGAUGAUUAUUACAAGGAGAUUGAGAUUUCUUUGAUAAGAGCAAACAUUGAAGAGACUAAUGAGGCUACAAUGGCUAGAUAUUUGAAUGGCUUGAAUAGGGAAAUUCAAGAUGUUGUAGAGCUUCAAAGCUACAACAACAUGGAUGAACUUAUACAUAGGGCUGUGAAAGUGGAGCAACAAUUGAAGAGGAAACAAACCUACAAGAAGACUUCAUACACUUAUUCAUCUUGGAAGGAUAAAGACACUUCCAAGAAGAAGGGUUCUUCUUCACAACAUCUUGAAAGAAAUUCUUCAAGAGAGGAUGAUGGUUUCCUUCCACCUGAAGAGGGAGAUCUUUUGAUGGUAAAGAGACUCAUGGGAAACUUGUGCAAAGAUAAAGAUAAUAUGCAAAGGGAAAACAUUUUUCAUUCUAGAUGUUUGGUGAAUGGAAAGGUUUGUUCUCUAAUCAUUGAUGGUGGAAGUUGUACCAAUGUUGCAAGCACUAGAUUAGUGAAGAAGCUUGGUUUAAAAACCACCCCUUACCCUAAACCUUAUAAGUUGCAAUGGUUGAGUGACAAUGGUGAGUUGGUUGUCGAUAAGCAAGUGUUACUUAUAUUCUACAUUGGAAAUUAUGUUGAUGAUGUGCUUUGUGAUAUGGUUCCCAUGGAAGCCGGACAUGUGUUGCUUAGGAGACCUUGGCAAUAUGAUAGAGAUGUUGUCUAUAAUGGGGUCACCAAUCGUUAUUCUAUUUUGCAUAAAGGUAAAAAGGUAGUUCUCUCACCUUUGUCUCCAAGUGAGGAGUUUGAGGAUGUCUUCCCACAAGACAUUCCCCAUGGCUUACCUCCUUUAAAAGGAGUUGAGCAUCAAAUAGAUCUUUUUUCGGGAGCUUCACUUCCUAAUAGGGCUGCCUAUAGGAGUAAUCUGGAAGAGACAAAGGAGAUCCAAAAGCAAGUUAAAGGGUUGAUUCAAAGAGGAUGGGUGAAAGAAAGUUUGAGCCCAUGUGCAAUGCCAGUCAUCCUAGUCGCCAAGAAAGAUGGCACAUGGAGGAUGUGCACGGAUUGUAGACCCAUCAACAACAUCACUGUGAGCUUAACAUUGGAUGACCACUUAUAUCAUGUUAGGAGUGUCUUGGAAAUGCUUAGACAUGAAAAGUUGUUUGCUAAUAGGGAUAAAUGCACAUUUUGCACUAAUCAAGUAGUGUUUCUAGGAUUUGUUGUGAGUGCUAGUCCAAGUGGAUGA